AUGCGCCUGCUCGCCUCUCCAGGUCUGUGGAAGGUAGCAGGUUGCAAGGACGCCGAGAUCGACAAGCUUACCUGGAUUGUGCCCGACAGGAAGCUCUACCGACCUGUUGCCCCAGUGGUGCCCGAGGGCGUGCAGGCCUACAUCCCGCGCGGAUCAGAUCCCGCAGGACCCCGCUGGCGCCCCGGCGGCGUGGAGGUGACCCGAAUGAUAUGCACCGUGCAGCUCGGGGGGGGCGCAGGCUGGCCCUGGGCGGGGCGCGGCUCCCUCCCAGCCUGCAGCCGGGAGCGCACCUCCGGCCACCGCCGCCCCCAGGAGCGGAUGCCCCUCUCGAAGCGCUGCACCCUGCCGCCACCGGUCCGCCUCCUCGUUCGCGUGAUGCCCCGGCCGCUUGUCCAGAGCCUGCCGCCACCUCUGGCGCCGCACGCACUCCAGGACCCGGCCGCCGUUCCCCUCGCGCCCUCGCUGAGCCAGCACCACCGCUGCUCCGCGCCCUCGAGGGUGGAGGCGAGCCACGUCGGGGCAGCGGAGGCGCUCCCCUGCACCCUAGCAGCGCUCAAGCACCUCCGCUGGCGGGCCCGCGGGCGGGCGCAGCAGCUGCUGGGCGACGACGCCGGGGCCGAGGUGGAGGAGUCCUACCGGUUCGACCUCGUCUCGUUCAGCGACAGAGGGGGUGCACGUAGAGUCUGGAAGGAGGUGAAGCAGCUGGCCACCGGAUUGAAGAGAGGUGGAAAGGCGCCUUCGGAGCCGCCCCCGGGCAGCGGCGGAGGCGCGGGGCCCCUGAAAGUAGGCGGACCGGACAGGGCCGCCCCUGGCGGCAUGGUCGGGGGUUCCAGCGGCAGCUCUAAAGCGCUCACCGUCAACGAGUUCGUGGCCCGCACCAAGAGGGUGCGGGAGCAGGAGCGCUCCAAGGGCGACGGCAGCGCCAGGCAGGAGCUCGGGUGCACCAAGCAGGAGCUCGUCGCCUACGCCCGGUACUUGGGCAUGGACCCCGUCGUGGACGGCGAUCUCCUGUGGAUCGCCGAGCAGGCACUCGAGGCGCCCCUGCCCUCGGAGUGGACGGAGCACCACGACAGCGCCGACCGCGUCUUCUACUACAACGUGCAGACGCACGCCAGCUCCUGGACGCACCCGCUGGAGCAGCUGCACAGAGACACGUACAAGCAGAUCAUCAGCUUCAGAAGUGGGGACAUGCCGGCCGAGGAGCAAAGGACCAAUCUCUCGAAGCUGCAGGUGGAGUGCGACGCGGCGGAGAAGAAGGCACACGUCGAGCUGCAGGCGUGGACCGAGCACACGGACGAGCAAGGGCAGAAGUUCUACUACAACCGGGACAAGCAGACGAGCGUCUGGACCGAUCCGCGGCCUGCACGGUGUCACUGCCUGUACCUGCAGAUGAAGGCGGUGAAGGUUCUCGGCAAGCACUGCGGCGUGAGCGACGACGUCAAGGACCUCACGCCAGCGCCGCUGGGGGCAGGCGGAGGUGCGUUGGGGGCCGGAGCUUCCCUGGCCGGACGGCCCGACGCGCUGCUGGGACGGCGGCGGCGGCAGCGAUGA